CUCGUCCUUCUUCCUCCUCCUCUCCAUCGUGCCGAGCCACUCUCUCUCUCUCUCUCUCUCUCUUCCUCUGCUCAGAAUCUUUCCUUCCAUGGCUGUUCUUUCUCUCUCUAGAAGCUGAGUUUCUUACAUGGGUGUAUGUAUAUAUCGAUGCAUGACAUGUGCAUAUAGGCGAGUGCUUUAGAGUGUGUUACCUUGAAUUAGGCCCCGAAUCUUCCCCGGCGAGAUCCCAACUUCUCGGAGCUGAGGAUGAUCGAUCCUCCGCUAAAAUGUGCCGAUUGUGUGCCCGCUAGAUGAACUGAGAAAUGUUUGAUCCCUUCACUUUGAUGCGCGUCCGAUCCAAAACCAGGUUCCACAAGCGGAAAAAAAGCUUGGCUUGCUCGACUUAGAAACAACGGCCCUUAUCGAUUUCGGCCUAAUCUGUAUCAUACGUGAUGGUUCCGUCGCUGUAAAGCUUCUCUAGGGUUUGGCUUUUUGUUGGGGGGAUAGAGUUGAGUAACUUGAGUUCGGGAUUGUACAGUUAGGGCUAUGAGCUGAUUGCGAGGCAGAGCAACAGGUCGGGGUCGGGUUUGGCUUUGAGUUUUGGGAGUUCAUUUUCGGUAGUUGAAAGUGGAUAAGAUGAAUUUGAGUGCGGCUGAGGAAGAGCCCAAGCAAGAGAUACACAUACCGGCCGAUAUCGACUGGCAAAUGCUCGACAAGUCCAAGUUCUUCUUCCUCGGAGCCGCACUUUUCUCGGGCGUCUCGGCGACACUUUACCCUGUCGUGUUGCUGAAGACUCGGCAGCAAGUAGCCCAGUCCCAGGUCUCUUGCAUCAAGACCGCGCUUAUGAUAGUUAGGCAUGAAGGCUUUAGGGCUCUGUACAGAGGAUUCGGGACGUCGCUGAUGGGCACGAUCCCGGCUCGUGCGCUUUACAUGGGAGCCCUCGAGGUGACUAAGAGUAAUGUGGGGACUGCCACGAUUAGACUAGGAUUUCCCGAGCCAACAGCCGCUGCGAUUGCUAAUGCCAUCGCGGGGUUGAGCGCAGCAAUGGCAGCUCAACUCGUCUGGACACCAGUUGAUGUUGUGAGCCAGAGGCUUAUGGUUCAAGGCAGUGAUGGCAGCACGGUCAAGGGUGUUACAAGCUCGGGCCUUUCUAAUGCAUCGGCAUGUAAAUAUCUCAAUGGGAUCGAUGCAUUUAGGAAGAUUCUUAGCACAGACGGCCUCAGGGGACUCUAUAGAGGUUUUGGGAUAUCGAUCUUGACGUAUGCCCCAUCCAAUGCCGUGUGGUGGGCAUCUUACUCUGUUACGCAGAGACUCAUUUGGAAUGGAAUGGGAUGCUACUAUACCAAGAAGGAUGAUGAUAGCAUCGGAAAUGGCAGUAAUGGAAAUGCCAUUAAGCCUGACUCGAAGACUGUCGUGGCAGUGCAAGGAGUGAGUGCAGCAAUGGCUGGUGGAGUCUCGGCUCUAAUCACAAUGCCGCUCGAUACGAUCAAGACCAGGCUGCAAGUUCUCGAUGGGGAGGAAAACGGGAGGCGGGGUCCUACAGUCGGGCAGACACUGAGGAAUCUAGUCAAGGAAGGAGGGUGGACGGCUUGUUACAGAGGGUUAGGUCCGCGGUGGGCUUCGAUGUCUAUGUCUGCAACUACUAUGAUCACCACCUACGAGUUCCUCAAACGGCUAUCCGCAAAGAACCAGGAUGGUCUAGGUUGACGCAAGAUCGACGAUGAAUCAAACAGUGUAAAAUUAAAAAAAAAAAGAGUUUACCUUUUCGCUUUUUCAUUCUGUGUCUAAAUUCUGUUAAUUAAUCUCUCCUUCAGCUAAUCGUCUGCUUUUUCGUUUAGCCCUGCCUUCCUUUGGGAGUGGAACCUCUUGUGAGCGAUGGCAGAUUUUCUCUCUUUUCUAUAUGAAUAUAUGACGAACGUCUCCGUUACCUUA